AUGGAUUGAAGGGACUAUCGGGAACGCGCCCGGGUCCUCUCUCAACCUCACGCGCGUUGCUCGAGCCGUUCCUCCGUGCGCGCUCCCGCUCAGAGACAGGCUUUCGGGGAGCCGGGAGAGCAGACGAGCGCCCGCGAGGAGAGAGAAAGAUGGAGGUGAGGGUCGGGGAGAGACUCCUGUGCCUGGCCGUGCUGUCCAGUGUCUUCUUCGUGGAUUCAGUCCUCGGGAAAUACGUCAAAGGCAUCGUGAACACCAAAGAGGACUGGGUUUUUCUCACUCGUUUCUGCUUCCUCACCGACUUUGGACGACUGGACUUCCGGUUCCGCUAUCCGAAGUCUCGCUGCUGUCAGAACAUAUUGCUCUACUUUGAUGACAGCUCUCAGUGGCCAGCUGUGUACAAGAGGCAUGAAAAGAACUGCUACCAGAAGGAAGCGGUGCUGAGGCCCGAGAACAACCAAGUCAUCAACCUCACAACACGCUACACCUGGUCAGGCUGUGUGGUGGAGGGAGAUGGGAAUGAGGAGGUUCUGAGCUGCGUGGGCGGUCGUAGUUUCCGCUCGGUGAGGGAGAGAUGGUGGUACAUCGCUCUCAGCAAGUGCGGGGGCGAGGGCUUGCAUCUGGAGUACGAGAUGAAACUGACCAAUGGCCAGUCUUUCUGGACGCAGCAUUUCUCUGCAGAUGAGUUCGGAAUCUUGGAGACGGACAUCACCUUCCUGGUCAUCUUCUCCCUGGUGUUCGUCCUCUCCUGCUACUUUGCCUACAAUCUGAAGGGAAGACAGCUUCUUCACACAACCUACAAAAUGUUUAUGACGGCGGCAGGUGUGGAGGUGCUCAGCCUGCUGUUCCAUUGUAUCUACUGGAGCCUGUAUGCAAGAGAUGGUGUUGGCAACGGCAGCAUGAAAUUACUUGGGAAAUUACUGUUCUCAGUUAGUUUCUUGGUGUUCCUCCUGAUGCUCAUACUGUUGGGCAAAGGUUUCACUGUCACCAGGGCGAGGAUCAGUCACAGUGGGUCGGUUAAGUUAAGCAUCUACAUGACAGUCUACACAAUCACCUACGUCAUCCUCUUCAUCUACGAGGCAGAGUUCUUCGACCCAGGAGAAGUGCUGUACGCCUACGACAGCCCCGCAGGCUACGGACUGAUGGGCCUGCAGCUGCUGGCCUACGUGUGGUUCUGCUACGCCGUGUUGGUCUCUCUGAAACGCUACCCUGAGAAACAGCCCUUCUACAUCCCGUUCUUCACCACGUACACACUGUGGUUUUUCGCCGUGCCUGUUAUGGCUUUGAUCGCCAACUUUGGGAUUCCUCGUUGGGCCCGAGAGAAGAUUGUCAACGGCAUUCAGCUCGGCAUCCAUCUCUACGCUCACAUCGUCUUCCUCGUUAUCACACGACCCUCAGCAGCCAAUAAGAACUUCCCAUAUCAUGUUCGGACGUCACAGAUUGGGAUCCUGCUGUCCAGUCCGAAAGCAGGCGAGGGGGCGGAGAGUUUCCCUCAUCAUGCCUAUGGAAAUGGCUCCUUCCUAGGAGACUCUCAACCCAACUUCACCGAACUCUUCUCCAUCCAAUCAGAGCCGGUGAAGACGGUGGAGGAGACGGUGGCCCGUAAAGGCCCUGAGGUGCCGAGGAACAGCGAGCAGAAGAUCAUCACCACCGCUGCCGACUUGACGGCCAUUUUGCCCCCACCUCCGCCCCCGAUACCCCCACGCCCGGCCACGCGCUCGCCCCCACUGCCGCCCCGACUCCCUUCCUUCACAGAGUAUUUCAGUAUGCAGAGCGGAGGAGGCGGCGGGGGGUUCGGAACGAAGGCAUAGAAAAAGGACCGGGGGCAGGACGGAGGGAGUUGGGGAAAGGCAUGGCGAGAAGGGGCAGAAUGACAAUACGACUUAAAGAAAAAGGCCGAGUGCAAACGAAGGUGUUAGUGGCGCCGCGGGAAAAAAGAUUUGGAUGGACGAAGCAGAGAAACCAUCAGAAAAGUGAAUCCCUAAACGGUCCCGUUUCACCUGUGAAUGGAAAUAACCUGAAGGGAAGAGUGAGGGGAAAUAGCUGUGGGAUAGGAGGAGUGCAGAACCUGUUAAAGAAUAAAGAAGCAAUAAAUAUUUGAUGUUGACCAGUAAAAGGCGCACAGGGAGAACGAUGACAAAGUGGAUGUAGCCAGAGCAAUAGGAUGAUAGCUGUGCACGGUGUGGAAAUGAACACAAUUCUUGAAAUACUUCUAUUCAAGAAUUCAUGAGGCACUGAUGGUCCGGAGGACUUUGUAAAUAGUUAAACUGGAGAGAGCUACCACUCUAUAUAGUUUUAUUUCAAAAAAAGGGAAUGUGUUUUUAUGUUUUCUUUUCCCCCCCUCAUUGUUAAAUUCUAGUUGGUGCUGUGACCAUCAAAAAAACAAAUCUCAUGCCAUUACAUUUCUCCAAGACAUGUUAAAAAAACUAAAACAAGACCUUUUUUAUGUUUGACACAUUUUGAUAAAGUAUAGAUAUUAUAUGGAGUUCGUUGGGUUUGUUUAUAUUCUUAUAUGCCUUCAUUGCAGCUGGUUAUUCUGGAUUGAUAUGCUGAUGUGUAAAUGUAAAAAUGUCACGUUUACUGUGGGCACUUCUAGGUACUCGUAAAAACAAGCAUGUUUGUAUCGUAUUUCCUGUCAAAAAGCUGACGUAAAUAACUCCAUGUGACCAUACAAUAUUUGCAGAUUUUGUGUAUUGAAAUCUAUACUUUUAUAAAUGCAUACAAUAGGCGUUUAGUAUAUUUUUGACUGGAUGAAUUCUGUUAAUUGUUAUUCCAAUCAAAACCUUGCGCUGUCUGAAACAUGAUACAGGAAAGUGGUUUAAAAUGUGAUUUCUGUGUAUGUAGACGUUGGUGAAUGUACUGAUGCAAUACAGCACAAGGACAGGGGUGAUUUUCAAGUUACUGGAGUACUUCAAUACAACUUUUGUCAAAUGUUCUUGUCUCGCUUUGGCUUUCAACUACAACAUCCAUGAUUUAAUAGUAGCUACUUUGUCUUUUUAUUUAUUUUUUAAUACAAGUAACUUCAUCCUCACCCCUGUCUAAUACCUGAAACAUGUAUAUUCGUUGGCUUUAUCUCACUUUGACGUUCAAACUGUGCAAAAAGCUGAACAAAUAAUACUAGUUUUAAAUCCCGUAACAUUGAGCUAUGACAACAACAAAAAAAGCCUUGUAGAUGAACACAACUGUACAUUUGGUCUGUCCUGCAUGGAGCACUUUAAUGUUCCUGGUCUUAGUCUGUUUAUUCGUGAUGAUGUCACCUUAUAGGACUGCUUUGAAACCUGUAUUCACACCACUUGGAGUAGUAAUCCAAAUGCAUACACCUGUAAAUACAGUCUGAAAAUGUCAUUGACGGUACGGACGCUGUAGGGACCAUAUCCUGCUCAGUUUACUGGCUUCCUGGAAUUCAGUAACAGUGAAAAGGACACUUAACAAAUCAAUUUUUUAUCUCCACGGCAUUCAUUUAUUUCUGAUUCGUAAAAAUGGUGGAACUCAGCUUAUAGUCCAGUUAUCAAUGGCCAUCUUGCUGUAAUGGAGUACUGUAGGGUGUUAGGACUGUGGUGUGUAACUUGUGAGAGUGCAGUCAGCGGUGUAACUUAGUCUGUGAAACAGAAUGACACAUGAAUUAAGAGUACUAGUCGUUAUUUCUGAUUGUGUCCGGUUUGUAUUUGGCACGUCUGCUGUCGCCUGUUGUUAUGGUUGCCAUGACUCGACUGAAUAGACACCGUUUGACUGACAGGCGGACCGAUCCCGUAUCGCCGCUUCACCCUCGUGCAUAUCGACGUACGAUUACAGAGCGAACUUGACGAGAAGAGAUUAUGUAUGCAUGACAGAAAACAGCACAGCUUUUAGGUACUGGUGAAGAGCACAUCACUGAAGCACUGUUUGAAUGCAUUCUAAUGGUGUCAAAUGACUAUUCUAAAUACGCUGUAUAUAGAUAUACACACUUUUUGCCAAAAUAAUAAAAACUGUUUUUAUUAGA